ACCUGUUGUGUAGCGGUGACGCUGAUUGGAGGAACAGCGAAAUUCGUCUUCCCAGCUUUCGAAUGGGAAAUUAAUUCAAUUAGAAUCACCGCUAUCACUGUUCUAAUACUCAUUCGAGCUCCUUACAUAAUCAAUCCACGAUAGUGCACCAAAGUGAGACCUUUCUUGUGCAAUUAAGUAAAACAAACAAAAGAUUAUUAAACCAGUUCCUAGUGAAUCGAUAAUUUCGUCCGGCUCGAGAUGCGCAGCAAAGUAGAAGGGAUAUGGGAUGGCGUGAUUAACUGCCGAUCGUUCCGAUUGGUGCACCGCGUCGUUACACUCCGCCGAGUUGUGUGGAUACUUGUGAUAUUCGUUUUGGUGAGCGAAUUUGGCUUCUUUCCGCAACUCGUCAAACGGGGCUAUUACUGUGACGAUAGAUCCAUUCAACGGCCGUUUACCGGAGAUACCGUAGCCACUGGUGUAAUUAUUAUGAGUGGAUUUGUGCCACUUUUCCUGAUCUGGAUAACGGAAGUAAUAUUUUACUCUCCCUCAUCGUCGCUGCUGAGCAGCAGAUCCAGUGGUACAAGUACUCGCUGGUCCGGCUCGUGGAAUCAAAGUUGGUACUGGAUUAAGAAGUAUGGCAAGGGGCUAAUACUAAAGAUUUUGAUAGUGGAUAUAAUCAAGACCUUCGCUGGCGAACAUAGGCCUCACUUUAUUGAAACUUGUCUACCGGACAUCACCUGUGAAGGAAGCGAAUACGUUUCUACGUACACCUGUACAAACACUGAUUACCGGCCUUACUUCAUACGAGAUGCUAGUAAGUCGUUCCCUUCCGGACACUCCUCGGUCAGUGUGUACGGAUCGAUCUUCAUGAUUUGGUAUCUGCAAAAGCGUUGCCCGAAGAUGGGUUCCAUCAUAGCGCUUCCACUGUGUCAGGUUGUGGUGGCCACUUGGGGAAUAUUUUGCUCCCUGUCGCGCAUAAUUGACAACCGUCACCACUGGUGGGACGUUCUGGCCGGAGCAUUCAUUGGCGUGGUGGCUGCCUAUUUGACGUGUUAUUUCAGUUGUCACAACUUCGACAGAUCCAGGCUUAGAGCGAAAGAGCCGAUUUACAAAGACCACGACAUCAAUCUCGUUUCGAACAGUGUGCCUUAUCUGCCGGCAUCCAAUGGAGUAAACGGGACAGUCAGUUCUUAAACGCACCCACAUUUCCACCGAUUUUGAAUCGAACUAGAAAGUUAGGAACCAGCCGGUAUUACAAACUUUAUGUAUAACGUUGUCUACGAAUUUACACACAAAUCCAUAGGAUUGUAAGUAGAAAAAGUUCAAAGAAUGUGAUGUAUGUUUGAGCGCGAAAGGUAUUACCCGAGGACGUAUUGUGAUAUUAGAGAACUAGCUCAGUGAGAUUGUUUGGUAAUCAUGAUGCAAAUGAGCACUCAUAUGCUUCUACUACAAAACGACAGAAAGUGAUACCGGAACCGCAGAUCACUGCAUGAAAAGAAUAGCAAACAACAUAAUGUCGUUGCAUUGCAGUCUAAAGCGUGUACUGGUGAAACUUGAAACCAGCUUAGUGGUUCAUAAUCUAACUCGUUUUGUUGUAGGACAGUGUUUCUCAACAAAAAGGCGCAGCUGUGUAUAAGAAGAACUUCAGUUUGAGUUUUCAUAAUAUGAAUGUUCAAAAUAUACCGGUCAACUGGUGUUUCAGCUGUGAACCGUUCAUUGGCCGCAUUGGGAAACACUGUCGUUGUAGAAGUGAAUCUACAGAAGCACGCGAGUCGCAUGAAAAGAGGAUUAAACAAUAGCUUGCGCAGGACGUAGACUAGUAAUAAGCGGUAGAACCAGUUACACACUACGCCGAUCGUGUGAUUGCGAUAGAAAAUAAAAGCAAAGAACAACAACAAGAAGACGAAAGUUAUCCGUACCUACCUAUAAUAACAUCACAUCAUAUGUGUUUUAGCGAUAUAUGAGUCAUGCUGUUUAUAUAUGCCUAUAUAUUUAUUUAAUUUUUUAAUUACGUACAUGAAAGAUUUUUACCCCAUUACACCUUUCCAAUAACUUGAAAAGUAUUUUAGGUAAAUUAUAGAAAAGCAUGAUGACAAUGUUGAGUAUUUGUAUUAUCAAGAGCUGUAAUAAAAAGAAAAGAACAUUAA